CUGCGACACAGAGAAACAGCCAUACAUGUGGGGAAAACAUGGCCAAUAAUGAAGAUAUGUGGACUGUGCUGGAGGACUGUGCCAAGAUAAUAAAUGAUAACACGGCACAACCAGAGAACUUUCUAAGCCUUCAGGAUGAAGUUGCAGCAGACUUCACUUCUCUCACCAAGACGCUGUAUGACAUUCACAAAUCUCAGGAGCCUGCAGGCUGUAAAAGCAGCCCGUUGGCCCAGCUGGUUGUGGACAACUUUGACGAGGAGCAAAUUUGGCAAGAGCUGGAGCUACAGAAUGAAGCCGUGCUGAAAUAUUUUAAAACUGCCAUUGAUGGAGCUUUGGCAGACCAGACCUUAACAUUACUGUCGGAGUCGGAGGAAGAGGAGGAAGAAAGGGAGGAAGAAGAAGAAGAGAUGACAUACGAUGAAAAUGCAAGUGAUCCUUCGCCACGACUGAAACAGAAGCAUGCUCUGGAAGCAGAAGACGGGUCAGAGGGAGACUCGGAGAAUGACUCUGAUUUAGAUUUUGACGUGGAUGCUCUUGAGAAACGAGAGAAGCAGAAGAAGGAAAACGCGAGGACAGGUUCCAAAACCAGAACGAUUCCCUCUGAGGUUGACGAUAGGUUCUUCAAACUGUCGGAAAUGGAGUCGUUUCUUGAUGAAAUGGACAAGCGAGAAGGAAAAGAGGAUGAAGACGAUGUCAACUACUUUCAGGACCUUGCCUCUGACGAGGACGACGACCUCGACUUGGACCAAAUAACGUCCUCUAAAAAGAAGAAGAAACUUGCGGUAAAGAGUUCCAGAAAUCUCAAGUACAAGGACUUUUUUGAUGCUGUUGAGGGAGAAGCAGCUGAAAGCGGCGAGCGGUCAGAUGGAGCGGAUGAAAGCCAGGAGGAAGGUGAUGAAGAAAUGGAUGAAGAUGAUUAUGAAGAAGAGGAGGAAGGCAGUGAUGAGGACGAGCAGGAAAGUGAAUCUAAAGCGCAACAGAAGAAAGUGACCUUUAACCUCCUGGGGGAUGAGGACAGCGAGGGCGAGGAUAUGGAAGAAAUCUUUGGCGGAAACGCUCCAAAUGAAGAAAAAUCUGAAAUAAAAUCUUCUUUUGAGAAACGACAGGAGAAGAUGUCGCAGAAGAUUGACGAGCUGGAGAAAGCAGCUCUGACCGAGAAGCCGUGGCAGCUGUCGGGCGAGGCGUCGGCGCAGACCCGUCCAGAGAACAGCAUGCUGGAGGAAGAUGUGGAGUUUGAACAGGCCUCGAGGAUGGCCCCUGCCAUCACAGAGGAAACCACACUACAGCUUGAAGACAUCAUCAAACAGAGAAUCAAAGACCAGGCAUUUGAUGAUGUCGUCCGCAAAGAGAAGCCUAAAGAGCAGGUGUUUGAGUACAAGAAAAGACUAACUUUGGACCAUGAGAAGAGCAAAAAGAGUCUGGCGGAAAUCUACGAGGAAGAAUAUAUCAAACAAACUCAGCAAAAAACGGAGGAGGAGAACCCGUCCCACGUAGAAAUUCAGAAACUGAUGGAUCAGCUCUUCUUGAAGUUGGAUGCACUUUCGAACUUCCACUUCAUACCAAAACCARCUGUUCCUGAGGUUAAAGUGGUCUCUAACCUACCAUCUAUCGCCAUGGAGGAAGUGGCUCCGGUCAGCACAAGUGACGCUGCGCUGCUCGCACCAGAGGAAAUCAAGGAGAAGAACAAAGCAGGAGAUAUUCUGGGUGACACCGAGAAGACAUCGACCGACAAGAAGCGCGAGAGACGUCACAAAAAGAAAGUGAAGCACCUGAAGAUCAAGGAGAAAGAGAAGAGACAGAGGCUUAAAGAGGCCAGCAUAACCGGGGAGAACAGAAAGCUCUCGAAGGCUGAAGCCACAGAAAACCUUAAGAAACUCACAAAAGGAGGCAAAGCCACAAUACUCAAGGAUGAGGGGAAAGACAAAGCUCUGCGGUCCUCUCAGGCCUUCUUUUCUCAGCUGCAGGAUCAGGUCAAGAGUCAGAUCAAAAGUGUGAAGGACCAGUCUUCAAAGAAGAAGAYACAAAAAACUAUUUCUGUCAGCAAACUCAAGUUGUAAGUUAAUGGUCUGUUGUUGAUAAUCACCAUUUCAUUGUAUAGAUUCCUUUUUUCUUUUUUCUUUUUU